AUGGAAGAACAAGUAAAAGUUCAUAUAAGAGUUCGCCCAGCCAGUCAAGAAGAAACUAAAUCCAAAGAUUUCCGAAAAUGUGUAGAAAUCAGUGAUCCCCAAACCCUCAAACUUUAUUUUCCUCGAGAUACAAUCCGCCCUUUCCAUUUUGACUCAGUUUUAGAAGAAAAUUCAACUGAGGAAGAAGUAUAUGAUUCUACAGCAAGAGACCUAGUUGAUAGUGUUUUAGAAGGAUAUCAUGGUACUUUAUUUGUAUAUGGACAAACAGGAACAGGAAAAACCCAUACAAUGGGACUUUUGAAAAAAGUGACAACAAAAUCUGAAGGAAUUGUGCCUGCAGCUAUUAAACAUAUUUUUGAAAGAGUUAAAGAAGGCACAGUAACUCUGAGUUUUUUGCAGAUUUAUAUGGAAAAUAUAUAUGAUUUGUUGAAUCCGACCAAAAAAACUUUAUUACUUAGAGAAGAUGCCAAUUCUGGAAUUUUCGUUAAAGAUUUGACACAGGUGCCUGUUGACGAUUUUUCUCAGGCAGCAAAUUUGAUUAAUGCAGGGCUGUGUAAUAGAAUUAUGGGCUCAACCAAUGCAAAUCAGACCUCAUCAAGAUCACAUAUAGUGCUUACAUUAGAUAUUGAAUCGACUAUAAAUGAAAAAACAAUUUACUCAAAAUUAACAUUAAUUGACCUCGCUGGCAGUGAACGAGUAAGAGGAACCAGCUCUUCAGGCCAACGUUUAGAUGAAGCAAAGUUCAUUAAUGGCUCUUUAAGUGCUUUAGGAAAAGUUAUAUGUGCUUUAGCUUCUGAAACCUCUGGGCAUAUCCCAUUCCGUGACUCAAAAUUAACAAGACUUUUGCAGCCUUCAUUGCGUGGAAAAGUUGUCAUGAUUGCAACAGUAGGUCCAAGCUAUGCUUCAGGCAGCGAAACUAUAUCAACUUUACAAUUUGCAUCCCGAUGCAAAGAAGUGGUUAGUUUUCCUGUACUUUAUGAUGAGAGAGAGAGAUAAUAUUAUAGGGAGUCCCAGGGGAUUAUUCCAGCCCCUACCCUUACACGGAUUAGCUUCGCGCUUCAGUGGCGUUAAGCACUAAUCCCAGCUAACGCCCUUUUCUGAUGACGUCAUCAAAAAUGGUGACGUCGACAUCUUUCGGGGAGACUCACCCGAACCUGCUUGGACCAAAAAACUUCAGCAAAGGACUCUCUUAACCUCUGGUAGUGCUCAGGGUAUGAGGGAGCCGUCCGUUGCCUCCUUCUGGAACUACCUCUGCCAUUUUACAAGCAACAUAAUGCUCCUCCAGAAGUACCUGCUUGGUAUUGCGCCGUCGGUCUUUCGUCUGUGGUCGAGGAGAGGUCCAGUUAGCCCAAACCUGCUCCCACCCUGGAAACCACACCUCCAUCCGACCCCGUGGCCCUUCGGGGCCGCCAUUUUGUUAAGUGACCCCGAAUUCGGAACUUCCUGUUUUUCUGUCGGACUGCGCCUUCGCCAUCAUGGAAGGCGUAAUUUCACUUUAUGAUGAAGAAUCUGAAAACCCUGAGCCUCAGCUGAAAAUACCUAGUGGCUUGCUUGAAGAAUUAGAAGAAUUACGAAAAAAAGAAGAAGUCUUAAUAUAUAGGAUAAAAGAACUGGAGCAGCAGAAUAUGCCUAUUUUUAGCCACAGUAAUUCAGAAGUGAUUUAUUAUUUAUUGAGAUUAUUGUCAAAAUUGACACAGACUUCAAUAAAAUUAACACAAGAAAUGCAUAAAACAAGAAAUUCUAUACCUAAAAGUGAUAGAGAAAUAGCUGAAGAGCAGUUUCCGUAUCCGAUUUCUAAUUAUGAUUUUUCUAGUGAUGAAUCUUAUAUGGGAGAUAUUUUUGUGAAGCUUGACCAGUUUUCAUCGACACAGAUUGUGAAUAAAGUUCAGUUUUUUGCGAAAAAAUUGGUUGAGAAUUUAAAUGUGCUUGGAAGAGUUGCAAUAGAUGCGCAGUUUAUGAAGUCUGCGAUAAGAGGAAUUCCUUAUAAGCAUAGAGAUAUAAAAUGGUGAGGUUGAGGGAAAGUGGACUCUGAAGCGAAAUUCUAUGGAGUAGGUAGGAUCCAUACUCAUGAAGCUGAAAAUAGUGCCGAAGUAUCUUUUUGAAGUAGGCCUUCAGGUCUUAGGAACCCUUGCUGAAGAGAGAAGAUUUUUUAUCCCACUAAGGUUUUUCUGCCAGACCGGCUCGACGGGUUUUGCAUGCCCACAUGAUCCUCUUGUAGAGACCAUAUGGGGCACUCUACAGACUGUGGUCUACCUAGGAAGCUAAUCCCUUGGACAGGUCUUUCAGAUCGACAAAAAUCAAAAUGGCAGCCUUUCAUUUUUCUCAUCCGAACUCUGAGGUCUAUAGAGACUGGCUUUUUAGGCAAAUCGCUUAAAGUUGCCUGCUUCUGGUCAGUUUAACUAUUUAAUUUACAAGCAUAAUAAAGAAAUAGUAGAGAGCUUUAAUAAAGAAGCUAAUGAAGCAUUAAAGCCGAUGAUGGAGACUCAAGAGCCUGUUAUUAGUUAUGAAGAGCCUCCUGCAGUUAUUAAAUUUCCAGAAAUAGUCAGUCAGGAACCUCCUCAGAGACCACAAAUUAAAUUAAGCGUAAAAGAGCUUAUGAAAGCCAAAAAAGAAAAUAGAAAUGAGCCUGCAAGGACUGAAAGCAUGGCAGCUCAGUUCACUACACAACAAUCAACCAUACAAGAAGAAAUCCCUGUUAAGCCAAUUUCGCCAAAGCUUGAGAGUGAUUUUAAAUUUUUAAAAGGAUUUGAGCAUCCACCAAUAGAAUUUUCUCCAAAAGCAGAAAUCCAGAUUGAAAAUCCAAUAAAUUUCGAAGUACCCAUUAAAGCGUCUUCUCCUAAAACUGAGAAAACUAAACCUGAAUUAACAAUAAAACAGCAAGAGCAAGAAACGCCAAUCAGGUCUCAAUCAGUUAGUAUAAGCCGCAUUAAAAAUCAUCAAAAGCAGAUUACUAGCUCUCCCCAAAAUAAUCUUAUUCGAUCAUGGAGUUAAUUUUUUUAAAAAAUUUAUAUAUAGUUAGCGACACUGACUAUAUAAAUUUUAUAGAAAAAAUUGUUUCGAGAUUUUUAAAAAAUCCCGCUUCGCAAUAAUUGGAAAGUGGAUAUUAAUUUAAUUUGUAAAAUUUAUAUUUUAAAAACGCAAUUUGUUUAAAAUUAAACAGAAUUAGCUUAAGAUUUCAUUAUAAUAAUUAUCACUAAUAUAUAAAAAUUUUUUUCCAUAAAACUUUUCUAUUAAAAAAAUUUAUUCGUGGGUUUUUGGGCAAAAAAUAGGGAUUUUUCGAAUGGUUUUGUUCGCUUACAGAGGGGGAAGUAAAGAAGAAUCCUUAAAAACAGUUUCUCCUUCUCCUUCGUCAAAUAGAAUUACUCAGAAAAAAAGAGCAGUAAACCCAAAAAUAGAGCCGCGGUCAAAAUCUCCUAUAUUGAAGCUAAAUGAUGAUGAUCUGCCAAGAAACUCAAUAAAAAAAUCAAACCAGAAGGAAAAUGAAAUUAGCAUAAAAAUUGAUUCACGCUCCAAAUCGCCAAUCUUAAAAGCAAGCGAAGAAGGAGUCAGAAAUUCAAUCUCAAAGCAACAGGAGCAUGAAAAUUAUUCAAAAAGUGAUAUAAGGUCAAAAUCUCCCAAUUUCAAAGUGUACGAAGAUGAUUUAGGAAAAUCGCCCGUGCCAAAAGAUAUGCUAAGAUUAAGAUUAAACAGCGAUAAGCAGCCCCCCGCGACAGAAUAGCUUGAAUUCAGAAAGGAGCCAAACGCUGAGUGUUUAUACAACAGAGUGAAAAUGAGCCAAACAAAAAUUCCACCCUCUUGAAUUUUCUGGUGACACUUACCUAACCCGAAGGAUCAGAUCCCUAGGUUAGUGCCACCCUCUGUAGAAUGUCCUGAUAGAUUAGCCUACUUUAAAAAAGGAAAGAGAUCCUGCUUUCUGCUUCAUCAAGAUGGUCCUCCUGCUUAUAGGAGUGCGCCUAAACCCAAUUUUUUCAGCAUCACCAUUAUUUCUCCGUUUCCAAAAGGGAUUUCACAAAAAGAAAAUGAGCCAGUCAAAGGUAUGAGCAAAACGCCUGAAAGGACAAGAUCCAUUACACAGCAAAAGCAGACUAGACCUAUACAGUCUAAGUCACCUAAAGUGAUAAAAAAAGAAGAGAAAAAGCUCCCUAGUGUAAUUCCAAACGAUGACUUUUUAUCACAGCUAGAAAAAGAAUUAGCAAUAGUAAAUGGUGAUGAGGACGAAUUAGACGCUUGACUUAAAAAUUGCGAUGUGCCUUUGCCUUAA